GGUGCAAUAUUGUGCUGGUCAACCUUGAAACGUUUAUAAUAUAUAGAUAGGUUUCUGUCAAUGUGAUUAUGCUGGAAAAUCCACGUUUGACAGUCAAGAGGUAUGGUAGGUUAGAAGAAAAUGCUAGAGAUCUGAGAGAAAAAAAGUAUAGUUUCAUUUUAAAGCACUUCACUUUCAAAGAAUGCAUUAAGUUUGUGCCAGACCCACAAUAUUCAACCGAAAGUUUACCAAGUAAUCGGUGCUUUUGUGGGGAAUAUGAAGAGAACCAUUAUAUGUUUGAGUCGAGUUCGAAAGCAGUUUCAAAAGAAUGGUCAGAGUCUACUUGUCUGAAAGUAAUGGGUCCAACAAACGCUUUUGGACAAAUUGAAUUUAUCACUGAAUCUACUUCAAACCAAAAGCCUACUGAGUUCGUACGUAUCUCAGAUGAAGAUAAGCUAGAAGAUGUAAUGACACUGAUGAAAAAUCAUUGGAAAAUGAUGGAGCCAGAGAAACCAAGUCUAUGUAUAUCAGUUAUUGGAGGUGCAAAAAAUUUUGUGCUUGAAGGACACAAGAAAGAAGUUUUCUACUCUGGUUUAGUUCAAGCAGCACAAACUACUCAAGCUUGGAUUGUAACGUCAGGUUUGAAUUUAGGAAUAAUACGGGUGGUUGGUGAUGCAUUGCAAGAGCAGGCAUUUUGUGUGGAUAAAAGAAAGUUAUCUCAACAAUUACGGUGUAUUGGGAUCGCUCCUUGGGGUUAUGUAUUGAACCGGAAUACUCUUGUCAGUAAGGAAUUUGAGGAUCAUAAUCAUCCACAGCCCUAUACAGUGUCUACGGUUAUUGAAACAGGACGUCCAGUUUCUCUGAAUCAGAAUCAUACUCAUUACAUUUUUGUGGAUGAAGGUAAACGCUUAAGAUAUGGAGGUUCUGAAUCAGCUCGGUUUCGUGCACGUUUAGAGAAACAGAUUGCACUUCCAGCGGAAGAGGGUGGUUUUGGCAUUCCAGUUGUCCUUGUUAUUGUCGAGGGAGGCCAUGAUGUAUUCAUUGAUGCAAGAAAUAGUAUAAAAGAAAGAGUACCCGUUGUAAUAUGUUCUGGUACCGGAAGAGCAGCUGAUAUCUUAGAUAUGGCAUUUAACUUUCGACUAAAACAAAGUCAGUUCACAUCAUUUUCUGAGAGAGAAGUCUUACUUUUAAGUCAAAAGAUAAAACCGGUUUCUGGCAGAAAUAAAGUUGAUGCUGCUCUAAAAAUGAUUGAAGUCAUUGUAAAAGAUACAAAACUGAUUACAACAUUCGAUAUGAAUAAAUCAGAUGAUUUAGAUUUGGCUAUUCUCUUCGCUCUGAUUAAAACUUCUUCCGAAUUGGAUAAACAGUUAGAAUUGGCGUUAACCUGGGACAGAAGUGAUAUUGCUGAAGCAAAAAUAUUUCGUCAAGGGAAACAAGUAAAUCCAGAUAUCUUAGAACCAAUUAUGAUGAAAGCUUUAUUGAGAAAUAAUACAGACUUCGUGAGGAUUCUCCUACAAAAUGGUGUUGUGAUGCGCCGAUUUCUAACAUUUGAACGAUUACAUCGUUUAUACAAUGAAUCAACACGAUCAAAUGAUUUUAUAAAAUGUCUGAAAAAUUAUGACUUAUUAAAUCAUGAACAUCCUUUAUUAUCCAACAUGCAUGUUGAAUUAUCUGGUGGUUUGACUAAGCAAAAGAUUGAGGAUACUGGUAGUAUGUUUUCACGAAAUAGUCGAAUUUAUCUGUCUACUAUAUGCAAAUUGUUGCGUCGUAUGUUGGGACGAUAUACCAACAGAAUAUAUGAUUUAGAUACUGUGCUGUUACACAGUCAAAGAUUUGAUUGGGAUAGAGUAUGUAGGCUUACGUUUGUCUCACCAUUUCAAGAAUUAUUCAUAUGGGCUAUACUUUAUCAACGUCAGGAAAUGGCUUUGUAUUUUUGGGAACGUAGUGAAGAUGCACUGGUUCUUGCCUUAAUUGCUUGUUGUCUAUACUCCAAUAUGAUGAAAUUAUUACCAACAUAUGAUACACAAGGUAAACUAAUGUAUGAAUCAUACGUUGAAGAAUUUGAAACUUUAGCCAUUCGCGUAUUGGAAGAGUGCAAUAGAAUAGAUCCGGAACUUACGCUUUAUUUGGUUGAAGGCGAAUCUACACUAUGGGGUGGUUUCAAUUGUUUACAACUUGCUGCACAAUCUGUUCGGCGUAAAUUUAUUAGUUCACAGGCAUGUCAAAAUUCAUUGCAUUUCGCUUGGUGUCACGGAAUACGUGCUGAUAUGUUCGUCACGUUGGCCACUUUACUAAUGCCAUUCUUAUUGUGUUUUGAUCGCAUCUUAUCAUGGGAAGAUAAGCGUAUGCAUGAAACUGCUGAUUAUACAUACGAAAAAAUAAGUGAAUCCAUUGAAAAUACCCAAUUCCAAUUCAGUAAAGAAGACAUUUAUACUGCAGAUAGAAAGCGAAUAUCAUAUAGUAGAAGAAAUUUCAAGGAAAGAGUAAAAAUGUUUUAUACAGCUCCGAAGACAAAAUUCUGCUUAUACACCCUGGUCUACGUGAUAUUUCUGUUGUUCUUUUCAUACACAUUACUAUUCAGUACUGUGCCCGAUGAGAUCACUGUUCAUGAAGGUUUUAUAAUGGCUUAUUUUUUAGCCAUGAUAAUAGAUGUUAUAAGACAGGUAUUUUUAUCACCUGGCGUUGGACCUAGAAAAAUUGUUUCAUGGUGGGAUCACUAUGAAUGGGGCAGAUCAGAAUUGUUUGUCAUCUUAUUAGCUUUAUUGAGUAUGUUUCUUCGUAUUGGAAUGGGUAAUACUUUUGUAUACGCUAAAUCAUUUUAUGUGAUUACAUUAAUCGCAUGUUACAUUAGAGUUUAUGGAUUGUAUUCUUAUCAUCCAAGUUUGGGUCCAAAGUUGGUUAUGAUUAAAAGUAUGCUUCAAGAAUUAAUUUCAUUUAUAUUUGUACUAAUUGUCGUCCUCGUAGCGUAUGGAGUGUCAACACAAGUUUUGCUAUACCCUAAUCGUCAUAGUUUUUCAUGGACUAGUGUACGUGAUGUUUUAUAUUAUCCAUAUUGGAAUUUAUAUGGUGAAUUGUCGUUGGAUUACACAUUUGCUGUCAACACAAAUUGUUCAGGUGAUCCUGAUGGAAUAGACUGCCCAGUGUUUAAUUUUCUGUGUCCUUUAUUUUUGGCUUUAUACCUGAUGAUUGCUGGUAUUCUCCUAAUUAAUUUACUAAUAGCUAUUUUCAGUAAUGUUUUUGAUGAAAUUGAAAAUUACUCCAUUGAACUGUGGAAGUUUAACAUGUAUUCAAUGGUUGUUGAAUAUAACAAAAAGCCAGUCGUCCCUGUACCAUUAUCAGUAAUUCAAGCUUUUGUGGAAUUUAUCAUGUAUUGUAUAAGAACAUCAAAAAAGGUUAAACAUGGAGUAAACAGAUUUCAAUCUGGCACAAGGUCACCGGUAAGCAUAAAUAUCAGUAGGGAAGAAAUGGACAACAAUAGAGACGAUGGGGCAAGAUUGUUUAAAUUUACAGAACGUUCUGGUCGGCGUCCAAGCAUAGGAUCAAAUGUAUAUCCAGCACAUCUUCGUUCUCAGCGUUCAAAAUUACAUUCAAAUACUCCUGUAAUACAUGAAACACUACAGCUUAUUUCACAAGAACAAGAUGAAGAUAAUGAAGAGGAAGAAAUACGCAGAGUAAGACUGCUUGAAGCUAAUUGUAAACGCAAUUUUCUAAGAAAAACAAAGCUUGAUAAAGGGAAAACAGUUGAUGCUGGAAUUUCCCACAUCAAAGAUCGGUAAUGUUUAUUUUUUCAUGAAUAUAUGUACAUAAACUCUCUCAGCUUAAAUUGCAAAAUUAUGACAAAUUAUGUCUAUGAAAAUACAAUUAGUUUUGUCAGUUAUUCUAUUGAAACUUUUGACUAACUUUUGUUUCAAAUCAUUUUAUAACCAUUUUUGGCAAUAGUUUAAAAAUGUUUCAGUACAGGAUCAUCUGUUUAUUUAUAUAGAAUUUACUCGUAAUUUUAUAUCCAAAAUAAUCCUAUUGUUUGGAAUAGUUGACAGCGAAAAUCACCGUAUUUCGAAAAAUCUUCAGCUGAGAUGAAAUUUAAACUUCGUCAACUUAUUGUAUUUGUAUCGUUUGGAGAACUAUAACAUAAUUAUUUUGUUAAUAGGAUAUUAUGGAAUUAACUGUACCAGGUUGCACAGAAUAUGAUAUAAAAAAAUAUUGGGUUAGAACUAGGUUACAAAUUAAACCUUGAGCAAAGUGAUACUUGAAGAUAUAAUGUUAAUUUGGUGUCCCUGGGCAUGUCUGGAUAUCCAUAUGAUAGUUUAGUGCUUGAAAAAUAAGUUUAGCUGAAAGUAUUAUUCACUUUUUUUCAGAUACACGUGAGAUAAAGCUGUAUGUUACAAAAGUAAGGAAACAAUUUAAAAAAAGUUAUAAUAAUCGCUUUAUUUCAAACGACAUGUGAUAGAGUAUGAAAUUCUCAGCAUGAAGUAUUUCAACAAAUUCGUUCCCUGUUCAAAAUUUUUAAAAUAAACAGUUAUUACUUCUGAAUAGUGUUAUUAUUAAGAGUAUUAAAGGCACAGAUGUAAAUCAGGCAGUUAGUGCUACAUUGAUGUCUGGUCUGAACUCAGGAAUGAAGACAAAUUCGAGUGUAAUUCUAAUGAUUGUAGUUCAAUCAAGUAGUACAAAGAUCUGCAGUUUCACUAAGGUGCCGUAGGAAUAGUACUGUGCUGCAUUUUUGAGCUUUUAAAGUUUUAUCUCCAUUUGACGUAAAGUUUUUUCCUUGUUUUGUUUUCAGCUUGAGAAAAGACAGCUUAUAGACGUCUAAAAAAUAUGCUAGGGUACAUGAUACUUUUAGAAGUCAUAUUUUAAAGAUUAAAAAAACAAAAAUGGAAGAAAUUGAGGAUAUACGUUCCGUGGAAACUUUAUGAUAGCAGGUCACCGUAACACUCACUGAGAGUUUACAACUGGAUAGGAACAAUCAGAGUUCCUAUUUUAGCAUUUGUCCGAUUUCAUAUUUAAAAUAUAAUGCAAGUUAUAUAUGUUUAAAAUUCACCGGGUUAAAAAUUAACAAGUAGAUCACUGUAGAAUUUAAUGUUACUUUAAAGAAGAUACCUUCCCUAUCAGCUGACUAAUUAUCAGGCACUAGCGAGUAGCCAAGCGCUUUAAAUGAAGUUAAAAUAGCUAGGAAUUAACAAUAGAUUCAAUAUUUCAGUGUCUAAAGUGGUUAUGUUGUAGAAUGAAGCAUUUUUAGUAGGACAUUUGCAUAUAAAUAUUAUCUCAGAAGGAAUACACUCUUCCGAAUGUUUGGAACACUAAAAUAAUAUUUUUUUUCUUGUUGUAAAUGAGUUAGCCUCGAAGAAAUAUUCAGCAACUUAAUGUCUGUCAGAGAGAAAGUUGAAUCAGUGUCAAGAGAAAUAGAGUUUUUAAGUACAGCCAGCGAGACUAAAAGUACUGAAAAGUCAAACAAAUCAAAUCUUAAAAUUGCACCGUCUAAAAUUGAAGAUCACAAACCACAAUUGGAAAACACAACUUUAUCGGCCAACGAUAAACCUGCUGGUAGUUUGCAAUUAGAACAGCAACCAACGGAUGCAAUUAAACUGAAUCCAGUUGAAGAUCCUGAAACAAGUACCCAUUCAGAAAAAGAACAUGUUAUCGAUGUAUCAGAACCACCAACGGAUGUUCUUCCAGUCUUUGACCAAUUGAAUAUUUUAUAUCCAUCCAGUUCCUCACAAGGUGUAUUAUUAAGUGGGAAUAAUGAAUUAAUUGAUAGUAAUAAAUAUCUUUAAAUGUUGUGAAGUGUAUUUUAUUUUGAUACAUUUGAUGUAAAAGAAACAUGGCUAGUAUUUCCAUUAUUCUCCAAUUUAGUCAGCAUGCUUAGGAAAAUUUUAUUUGCAUCGGUGUGACUUUUGUAUGCGAAAUACUGCUUGAAGACUGUUUUCAUGACACUGUUAUACUGAAAUCAAUGUGGUAUCAGAAAGCAAAGAAUAUCUAUUGAGAAUAUGCUACACUAUUGCACAACAAUUCUUUUCAAUCUUUACUGUUUGCAGUUCAUGAUUAUAUAGCCUAAUAAAUUAUGUAAUAUUGUGGAUAAG